CAAUGAGUCUCCCCUCCAUCUGUUUCCAACGUUAAUCCUCAAGGACGCCACAGCCGCCAUCAAGGAGCCAUUGACCGCCGCUCGGAUCCGAGAGGAGCCGCCGCCGUGAUGGAACAGACGAGUUAUUCUCUUCCCACCCGCCACCACUAUCCAUCUCCUUUCACCCUCCUCCUUCCUUGUGCUGCCAGCGCCAGCGAAACGCGUCUCGUCUACCAUAGAGAGCCUCCACCGCAGUUUCCUCCUCAUGUUCCUCUCAUUCGGGCUCCACCGGUGACCUCGCUCCUGGCCUCCGCCAUUUUCUCCACCACCUCCAUGAAAACCCCCACCCUCUCCCCUCCUCCCCUCACCUUAUCUUUCAGAUCGGGCAACAGUUCAGCCGGUGGCCAGAUCGGCCACGGCCGUCGUGAUAAUACCAGAUUCAAUAUCGCGUCAUCAUCAGGCGACGGGGGUGCUCAAGGUCAUCUGCUUUCACCCUUCCUUUCUAGGGCAUCGCUCAAGGAGAGGAGGAGGUGGCGGCCAUCGCUUCCUUCCUUUAUAGGGCACGACGCAGCUCGGCUGCUCCCACGAUAUGGAGCUCAUCAACAAGGAGAACAUCCCCCUCUCUCUGUUCCUCUAUUCAUGAAGUUCUUCCUGUUUCUGGACAACAUACCCUGGAGGAGUAUUACAAGACCCUAAGAUGCAGCCUCGACAACCUCAACGCCUCCAAAUACUGGGCCACAACAAUGAGGUUUCGUUUUGCUCCUAAUGUAUGUUGUUGUUACCUGCACUUUGUUUUCCCUUUGUUGCCACUCAUCGAUGCUUAACUGGGUGUGGGGUUUCUGUUUGUUCUUGAGGUUCAUGUGGAAUCUAUUCAACUUUUGAACACAAAAAAUCAAUAUUGUUUGUUGUUGCAUAUAAAAUUACAGUUCAUGAACGAGUUGUUGACUUGUGUGACCCUGUCAUAAGGGGAAGCCAUCGGAUUUAUAGCACUUUGUUGGCA